AUGCUGGAGUAUGAUGGCGCUCUGUCAGCACCGGGCAAUGCUACCUUCGGACAGGGCUCUGGAAAUUACUCUUGGGAUAGUGUUGACUGUGUCGGUACAGAAGAUCAUCUUCUAGAUUGCCCAAAAGUGAUGGGUGCAAAAGGGUGUACACAAGCCGAGAAUGCUGGUGCCAUUUGCUACUCAGAAGCUCCUUUCCGCGUUCGCCUUGUCGGAGGAACCUCCGUGACCGAGGGCCGGGUGGAGGUGAUGUACGACGGAUCUUGGGGAACCAUCUGCGAUGAUGCCUGGGGCCUCAAAGACGCAACGGUCGUUUGCAGAAUGCUUGGGUUUGAAGGUGCUUUGGCCGCGCCGGGUAACGCUUCCUUCGGUCGAGGAUCCGGCAAUGUUCUGCUUGAUGGAGUCACUUGUGAUGGAUCAGAAGACAAUCUGGCGGAGUGUUCUCACAAUGGCGUUGGUGUACAUGAUUGCGACCACGGUGAAGACGCAGGUGUCAGUUGCUUCUCUGGAGACCCCUUCAAAGUGCGUCUCAUCGGAGGGCCAGCCGUUUCAGAAGGAAGGGUAGAGAUCUUCUACGACGGGUCUUGGGAAACAGUCUGCGACAACAACUGGGACUUCAAAGAAGCCAAAGUCGUUUGCCGAAUGUUGGGCUUUGACGGUGCAUUGGCCGCACCUCGUGCUGCGGCGUACGGCCAGGGUUCUGGCGGGAUUCUCCUUGAUAGUCUCGGUUGCGACGGAACAGAGGAUAAGAUAGCAGACUGCUACCAUCGAGGGGUUGGCGUCCAUAACUGUGAACAUGCCAACGACGCAGGGGUUCGACUCAUAGGCAGCGUCGACGAUGCCGAAGGUAGAGUGGAAGUCCUUUACGACGGGUCCUGGGGGACCAUCUGUGAUAGCGAUUGGGAUAUCAGAGAUGCGACGGUCCUAUGUCGAAUGCUAGACUUCGACGGUGCUAUGGAAGCAACGCAUUCUGCUAGAUUCGGUAAGGGUUCCGGUGACAGCAUUCUGGAAGGUGUCCGUUGCAGGGGAAGAGAGGACCACCUUGCAGAGUGUUUGCAUGCAGGAUUCGGGAGCAAUGUGUGCGACCAUGAGAAAGAUGCCGGUGUCAUCUGCUAUUCCAACGUUCGUCUUGUAGGAGGAUCCAGUGACGCUGAAGGUCGGGUCGAAAUACAGCACAUGGGUGUAUGGGGAACUAUUUGCCACGACCAAUGGGACAUCCUAGACGCUACGGAUGAUCCAGUGACGCUGAAGGUCGGGUUGAAAUACAGCACAUGGGUGUAUGGGGAACUAUCUGCCACGACCAAUGGGACAUCCUAG